CAUCAUCGGCUGCAAGUUGGGCGUUACCUCACGGCUGCAGUAUCACCCCUCGCUACGACUGGGAGGCUCGAGGAAUUCGACGCCCAGUGGGAGCCCGAUUGCUUCCAGCCACUCUCCCCAGCUUUUUUACGCGUCCCGUUCCCCGGAGACUCCGCACGUUAUUGCCUCACGUCACGGGCAGAUAAACCCCCCGCGGUCAUGAGUUGAGACCGACACAACGCCUAUAGCCCUUCCUCUUUUUUCUCCCCCAGCUCUCCUAUUACGCCACUAUCUAGCUUGGUGAAAUACCGACCCGCAGCCAUGGCGCGCAGAUACAUGAUUCCGUGGUUGUACGACCUCGGAGUGUGGAUUUUCACCCUCUGUCUGGACAUCUUCUUCCGCGAGGUCUAUUCCCGCGGCGCAUGGCGGAUUCCCAAACGUGGCCCUGUGAUCAUUGUCGCCGCACCCCAUGCCAAUCAGUUUGUAGACUCCAUUCUGCUAAUGCGCAUCUUGAAGCACCAUGCCGAUCGGAGAACCUCGUUUUUGAUCGCCGAGAAAUCCAUGCGCGAGCCGUACAUCGGCACCAUGGCCGGGUGCAUGGGCGCACUCCCCGUCGUGAGAUCGAUGGACAAUGUCAAACCGGCAAAGGGCGAAAUCUACCUGCCCGAUCCCGAGAACGAUCCGACCUUGGUUCACGGCAAGGGGACCGACUUCACCUCCGACCAGUUCAUGGUGGGCGGUUCGCUUAUUCUCCCACGUGUGGGCAAAACGAGCCCCGAACAACAGGCUAUCGAGGAAAUCCUAGGGCCGGAUACAUUGCGCCUGCGGAAACCGUUUAAGAAGUUUGAGCCAGACCAUCCACUCUACCAGCCCUUGCGCAAGGGAACCCCGUUCAAGAUCGCUCCUCACAUCGACCAGAGCAAGAUGUUCGCUGCCGUGUACGGCGAGCUUACUGCAGGUGGCUGUAUUGGCAUCUUCCCGGAGGGCGGCAGUCAUGACCGCCCGAGUCUCCUCCCGCUCAAGGCCGGUGUUGCUAUUAUCGCUCUCGGAACACUCGCGCAGGACCCCAACUGUGGCCUGUCCAUCAUACCCUGUGGCAUGAACUACUUCCACCCGAACAAGUUCCGCUCUCGCGCGGUCGUGGAGUUCGGCAACCCCGUCCAAGUGCAUCCGGAUCAGAUCGAGGCUUUCAAGGCCGGCGGAAACUCGAAGCGAAAUGCCGUGGGAUCCCUGCUGGAAACAAUUCAGGAGGCUCUUACUGCGGUGACGCAACAAGCUCCGGACCAUGAGACCCUGAUGGUUAUCCAAGCCACCAGACGGCUGUACAAGCCACUGCGAAUGAAGCUUCCUCUCCCCGUGGUAAUCGAACUCAACCGGCGACUUCUCAAGGGCUACACCCAAUUCAAGGACGAACCCAAAGUCCUCCAGUUGAAGAAGGCCAUCUCCGACUACAACCGACGGCUCCGAGCUUUGGGAAUCCGCGAUCACCAGGUUGAAUGGGGCGAUGUGAAGCACCGGCCCUGGUGGUUGGUUCUUGGUACUUUGCUUUACCGCGUGGGUGAACUUCUCACUCUCGCCAUCGGAACCCUGCCGUCCGUGGCUCUCUUCUGGCCCGUGUUCGUGACAGCAAAGGUUGUUUCCGUCAAGAAGCAACGAAAGGCUCUUGCCGGCUCCGUCGUCAAACUGGAAGGCCGCGACGUGGUUGGAACCUGGAAGAUUCUGGUCGCCAUGGGUCUGGCUCCGGCCCUAUACACCUGGUAUACCGUUAUCGUGACCAUCUGGCUUCACUACUGCCGCCACGACGGACACUACGCCUCCGUUGUACCGUGGUGGAUAAACGCCCGCACCUACAUCCCCGACUUGGUUCCCCUCACGCUCUUCUCGAUUCUCUUCUUUGGCCUGAUGAUUUCCGUCUCCUUUGCCGGUCUCCGAAUCGGCGAGAUCGGCAUCGACGUGCUGAAAUCUCUUCCUCCCCUCUUCGUAGCCCUCAACCCCCGAUCCGCCAACAUGUUCGCCAAACUCCGUGCAGAACGCCAAGCCCUCUCCGCCAAGGUCGUCGACGUGAUCGACACAUUCGCCCCGGAGAUCUUCCCUGAUUUUGCAUCCGAGAAGCUUAUCUCCCACGACCACCCUCAAGACGACACCUACCAGUCCCGUCUGAAGAGCAUGCCCCCCAGCGAACCCGAAAGCCGCAACCGAAGUACCGAACGGAGCAGCCGGAGCCGAUCCCAGAGCUCCGGAUUCCGCCUGUACGACACCCUUCUCAAGCCCCUCUCCAUCAAGUCCAAGGACGACCUGGGCGAAGUCAACCGCCGGAUCCGAGACUCGAUGCAAGAGCGCGGUCGUCAACGCGUGAGAAACGAAAUCGACCCGGACGAAGACGUGGUCUCGCUUGAUGGUUCGGCCAGCGUCGCUAGCGGAGAAGUCCUCGCGGAGGAGCAGAAAAAGACAAAAUAGUCGUCUUCAGCCCAUUUAUCGCCAUGAUCCCGCCGAUAAAGGCAUCACUCAAAAAAAAUUAGCCCCCGUCCUUUGUCUGUUACCUUCUUGUUCUUUUUUAUUUUCUUCUUAUUGUUUCCUUGUUGUGUGAGCGGAUAUCCGUAGCAUGGCGUGGCCUCGGCCUUUCUGGCGUCUGCGACAGCAUUCAUUUCCUUAAUCUCCCAGUUUUUCCUUCGUGGUGUUUUUUUUUUAUCGUUUCAUUUUUAACCUGCCUCUUGUAUUGGUCUAGGCAACGUCAUGAACGGAUCUCCCUAGUAGAGCCAGAAUGAAGAUACUCCGACCAUGAUGCUGUUUAUCUUGCUUGUCCUUUGAUGAAGUGGGAGGAG